ACAAGGCUUACCGAACUUUAUUGUUAUCAACCGUGACCAGGUAAAAACAUGUUUCAACACAACAUGCUGCUCUCAUUGGUUGGCUUUGAAGUAAUAUAAAUAAACUAGAUCUUUAGAACCUGCUUUUACCCGUUGAAAUUAUGUGUGCAGUAUGGAUCUGAUGUUCUUUGUUAUCCCAGAUUUCCUUAAAAGAGCCUUCAGGCAUAACAUUUCGUUGGCAAGACAGGUGUAAGUCAAAAAGUGGUAACCAGGUAAUUACGAUCCGUUGAUGUUGCUGGUGGACUAAGUGAUGCAUUUAUUAGGGGAGUGUAACCAGGUUUGGAUGAUGUUGUUAAGAUCCCAGUACGUGCAGUUCGAGGCACACUGAUGCUGUAGAGCAGAAAUACAGUUGGUUAGGUGCGCGUUGAACAUAUAGAGGCAUCGAAAGAGCGGGACAGUCGAGAUUAAAGGGAAGACUAGCCUAAAGUUAAGAAAAUGACAGUUAAUAAAGCUAGGGCAGUGAGUUUGUAUAAACAUAUGAAACUUGUAACUUUGAUAGUUUGUGUUUGUGUAGUGAGUUUGGCAGGAGAUACUAAGCCUAACAUUAUUUUCGAAAGUAGACAAACUUCAACCGUUAAAGCUCUAUCUGAUUUUACGGACAACCCGUCAAAUAUUAAAGACCCUGUUGAUGUUGAAAGCAGAGUGACAUCGUCCAUUGUGAAAAAUCCUGUUGUUCCGGAAGACAGUCCUCUCUCAACCUUUGCAAAAAAAAACCCUGAUGCCGAGGAUAUAGGGGUUCUUUCUAGUACUACGGAACCUGCUGUUAUUCAGAGUGUAAAUAUAUCUUACUUUGAAAAAGAUCCAAAUUUUUCUGAGAGUAGAAAUAUCCCAACCGCUCAGGAAGAGACUGUCGUUAUUCGGGAUACAGGGAUUUUGUCCAUUAAGAAGGAUCCCACUUUACCUAAGCCAUCUACUAACUUCGAACCUAGUGUUAACAAGAGUAUGGAUGACCAUUCUUUAAUGAAAGAGUUGUCAGUUGCAGAGAGUAGAGUCUUUCCAAGACCACCUCCAGGAGGGUUUCAAACGACAGUCGCCCUUCUCAUGCUGAAUGUACAGAGUUCAGUUCCUAGCCUCAACAGUAUUCCCGCUGUACCUGUUGACAUCCAAACCUUUGGCGGAUCCUCGGUUUGUGGCUUAAUCCUUCGCAGAACAUACACCGACGGCCUUAGGAAAUCUCUAUCGCCACCAUACGGAGGCUUUUUUAAUCUUCUAAAGCCUGGACCUAUACACUACGAUGGACCUGUGGAAGAAGUCUGUAUAAGAUACACGGAUGUAAAUCUGGCCUUAGCGGAGGCGAAACGGAGGAAAGGUUCGUUUAAGUUGACACGGGAGGAGAUCAUGAAUGGUCUUCCAAUGAUUGAUACCUCUCGCACUGACAUCUGGAACAUUUGUCCCGCCCACGUGAAACCUGUGCCAUGUACUGUCGAACGACACCGAACGUACACAGGAAUCUGUAACAAUGUCCAACAUUCCAGUUGGGGGACAACGCAUACCCAGUUUGUCCGCUUCCUUCCUCCUGCAUAUGCUGAUGGAAUCUCAGCUCCACGCAUAUCCGUAACCGGAGGACCGCUACCACCGGCUCGUGUGAUCAGUACCUACAUUCAUCCGGACGUAGAUUUUCCAAGUGGUGAACUGUCCGUCCUUGUCAUGUCUUGGGGCCAAUUCAUCGACCACGACAUGACCCUAGCGGCAGUACCAAGAGAUGAACGCGAUUUGGACUUUAAGUGUUGUGGAAUUCCCAAGGAUCUCCGACAUCCCAACUGUAUGCCUAUCGAAAUUCCUCCAGAUGACCCCUUCUAUUCCCAUUAUGGACAGCACUGUAUGGAGUUUAAACGUCUUGAGGCAGGUCAAAGACCCGGAUGCACACUAGGUUACGAUAUGGCACUCUUGCAGGGUUAUUGGAACGGAUACGACGAUAACGUGCACAUGGGAAUGGCCAACUCCUUCCAAGCAGCAGCCUUUAGGUUUGGGCACACUCACAUCCAGGGAAUGGUCAGAAGAUAUAACAAGUACCACGAAUUCGUAGGAGAAGACCCCCUUCGUAUUCUUCUGCGACAACCGUACAUCGUUUACGAGCCUGGGAAGAUGGAUGAGCUGAUCGGUGGUCUCAUCAACACUCCUGCUCAAACAUACGAUCCCUUCAUCACCAUGGAGGUCACCAACCAUCUUUUUGAAGAACCUCCCCACCAGUUUGGAAUGGACUUAAUAGCUUUCAAUAUCAUGCGUGGCCGAGAAACGGGAGUUCCAGGCUACAAUGACUUCAGACAUUGGUGUGGGCUGGGAAGGGCCAAAACCUUUGAAGAACUUGAACCUUAUCUUAACAACAGGACUGCCUUUAAAUACGCCCAGAUUUACAAACAUCCGGAUGAUAUUGAUUUGUGGAGUGGAGGAGUUUCGGAGCGCCGUCUACCGGGAGCUAUGAUUGGCCCUACUUUUGCUUGUAUCAUAGCCCGCCAAUUUGACAAUGUAAGACGAGGUGAUCGAUAUUGGUACGAAAAUUCUGGUUUUCCAUCAGCGUUCACUCCAGAUCAAGUUCGUGAGAUUAAGAAAUCCUACCAGUCGAAACUCAUCUGCGAAAAUGCUGAUGACAUGCCUACUAUUCAGCUUUAUGCUAUGCGGCUCCCUCACCCCAUCUAUAAUCCGCGAUUACCUUGUAGAGAUAUCCCUUCUAUAGACCUGCGUUUCUGGCAAGAAGACCCUAUUCAUGGUGGAUAUCCAUUCAAGAGGAAAUAAGCCUAACAUUUCCGAAAUAUGUAGUCGAUCUUGGCGUUACCUAUUACUGAGAUGAUGUGCGGGAAAACAAAUUUCCAUACAAUGUUCCUGCCCUUUUGGCUGACCAUCGCUAGAUACUGUGACUAGUGACGUCUCGUUUGUUGUGACACGGUCACUCUAUUAGAGACAUGUUACAAGUGGUUAUCUUUUCAUGUAUUUCGUUCUGUUGUAUGUUAACGUUCUGUUAGACUUCUACCUGGAUUCACGCUUGCUGGGGUUUUCACGAAAAGAAUAUUCGAGAAAGUAAUAAAACAGAAUGCUUGUUUGUUGAGAGUGAUAAAUGAAUAGUUAAAGUUAAUCUUGUUUUAAAGCCAAGUAAACUUUGGAAAACCUUAUCGAUAGAAAUUUUUCCUUUUUUUCCCCCCAUUUAUUUACCCUCAGAUCUCUGUGUAUGGUUAGCUUUAUAACUGGAAUUGCAGGCCACUUUUUCUCAGAUGGCGCUAGAGAAUUUGGCUGCCUAAAGACAGUCAAGGGCAGGCUAAAGUCUGAAGUGUGAUGUGUAAACAAUAAACUUAUAACAUAAUACGUCUUGUAAUUACUGCUUCAGUCUAUUUAAAACAAGAAAUUACUGUAUUUAAUGGGUUUUUUUUCUCCCUUUGUUGGUGUUGUUAAAUAAUUAUUACAAAACGUGGAUCUAUAUUUAGCUUUUAUAUUUUUUGUUUAAAAUGUCAACAAACUUAUCUGUUACGGUCAUGACUAACUGCUUUUAUUAAUUAAUGUUGAAUGUUCUCGAAGAUUGAUUUUAUUUAUAACAACCUCAGGAACGGCUACCGUGUCUUGCGAAGUGCAGAGAGCAAAACGUCUAAUGUAACAUUACUUUCAGAGAUUGUAAUAAAAGUGCAAC